AGAUCGAAACGAGUGAGUGAGUGAGCGACAAAACUGUAAAAACAUAAAAACGUACUACACAAAGUGGCAUACAAAUAUACUCGAAAUAAAGCAAAAACGUGUACCAUCAGGUGUCAAUUGUCAAUAAUAAAUUAUCAUUUUUGUCAAUUAAAAAUUUCGCAAAUUCAAAAAAAAAAAACUGCCAGCGCACUUUUUCCCAAUCCCUUGGCAGCCAAAUUUGGAGCACACGUCUCGCAGUGAAAAGCAAGAAAUAUUGGAUUUUAACAUUUCAAUUUUCGGGCAGAGCGAAAGGUGUAUUGAGGAGCGUGUCGAAUAAUUAAUACAGCUUAAGUAAGCCAACACACAAACCGCUUCUCGAACUAAAGGCACCUAUAGCCGCCACGAGGACUCCCGCUCGCCGCGCGCAAUUAAAGACGAGCUUUUGCAAACCGCUUAAGAUUUUGUGCGAAAAUUAUUUCGGCUACAAGUUUUCGCUGGUUAUUGGCGGCGUGUAUCAGUGGCUUAACGCCAGUACUUCAACUCGUUCAUGCGAAGGAAUUUACGACUGUAUUGGAGGGCCCUAGCGCUGCUGGGUGCCCUCCUUUCGAUAUUUAUUGAUUGGCCGGGAAUGAUGAUGGUGUAUGCAAUGCCAGCGAUUUUAAUACCAACGACAACAACAACAACAGCAACAACAAGCAGAGCAGUAGUGCAACAGCAAGCACACGCGAACACAAUGGAAAAUUUAUCACCAGCGCACACCUACCACAGCGGUCACAGCGGUCACAGCGAUAAUGGGCUUGUAAAUGAUAGUUUCGCCUUAAAUAUUAAUUUAAAUACAAAUCGAAAUAGUAGCCAUAGGAGUAACUAUAGUGAAAGUGAGCAGCAACAUAGCGCGCCACACUCCACAGCUGACCUGCCAAAAGGCCGCGUAGCAGAAAAUGCCUCCGCCAUGAGCGCUAAUGUGAACAGCAAACGUUCAAGCGCUGGCAGUGUGCAUGCAAGCGACAGCCGCGCGCCUGCGCAACACCCAGCGACGAUCACAGGCGGCGAUCAGUUGCACAAUGCGCAGCACAUCAAAAUGCUGAAUUUGAUAUCGAAUAAGCGUAAGCGUAAAAAAUUCAACGUCGACAGCGGCGCGGCGGAUGAAGCGGCUGGGGCUGAGCUAGAGGGGGGCAUCAUCAUCAACAGCGCGACCAGCGAUCGUCAGCCAGCCGCAGAGGAUGCGGGCGAAGAUAUCACCACCACCACCAACAACAACAAACCACCUAGUUUUAGUGAAAAUAGUAUUAGUAAUAAAUAUUUAAUUGAAAAUAAUUUAAUUAAUCAAAAUCAACAAAUGGCCACAGCGCCAAAACGAACGUUAAACAAACUCGAAACUACUACUACUACUACAACAAUAACAAAAACAACAACACCUAGCAGUAAUAAUCUUAAAAAUAAUAUAAACAAUAAUAACUAUAUAGUCUACAUCGAAGAGCAGGUGCAAGCAACAUUAGACGCCGUGUCAUCAGAAGAGGCGGAUACGGAUGCGGUGGAGGAGGAGAACGAAGCAUUAUCACUUUAUAUGCCCUCCACCACUAGCGUCGAUUACCUGGAUGAGAGCAGCGGUACGGCGACAAGCACUCCCUACGCCAUGCUCGACUCUUCAACGCCAGCUGUCGCCGCCGCAGCACCAGCGCCCUCACCCGCCUUCACAUUUGCCUCAGCGCAUCACGCAGCCAUAGUGCUGUCGCGCACCGAGCGUAGCGUGCGCGAACCCACGCCAGCAGUUGCUUCCUCGCCAUCCCAGGCGGAAGCAGAUGUUGCGUCGGAGGCGGCGGCGUUGUUUAAUCGGCGCGUCGCUGGCGGUCAGGUGGUUGUACGUCAUCAUGGUGGCAGCGGCGGUGCCAAUGGUGGUGCUGGUGGUGGUGGUGGUGGUGGUGGCAUAGUGCGACGUUCCUCUGACGGUAGUCCGAAAUCGAGAAGACUGAACAAUUUUAGAAAUUUAAAUGGCAGCAGGCAUGUGCCGAGCAAUUUGGAUCGCAACGAACGUUCGACCAUUUCGCAUUUGUCCGGUUUGGCGCGUAAAAUUCAAAUUUACAUUAAGAAUCGCUUCAUACAAUUGCUGCCCGAUGGUACGGUGAAUGGAACGCAGGAUGAACAAAGUGAUUACACAAUACUGCAACGUUCGACUGUUGACGUGGGACGCAUAAAAAUCCAAGGUGUUGCCACCUGUCUGUACUUGUGCAUGGAUGGGUGCGGCGCUGUUUAUGGCUCGAAAGAAUUCACCGACGACUGCGUCUUCAACGAGAACAUGGAGCAGCACAACUACAACACCUACUCGUCCACAUUCAAUUCGAAUUCGCGGCGCGUCUACUAUUUGGCGCUGAAUCGACACGGUGAGCCGCGCAAGCUGCAAAUACCGCCAACCCGCUCGCUCGGCAAGCUGGCCACCUACACGAACGCCAUCACCGAAACGGUGGAGGAGGAGCGCGUCGAACAGCUGAUAGCGAAGAAUUUCGGCGAGAAUCGCAUUAAGCACGGCAUACGCCAACUCUGUGAUACGGGCAAACCAUUGAUCGACCUGAUCGAUAGCAAACACUUCAAAGCGCACCCCAAGUGCAAUCCAAAUUCUAGCAAUAGCAAUAACAAUAGCGGUAGUAGUAGUAGUAGUAGUAGUAGUAGUAGUAGCGGUAGCAAUAGUAGCACUAGUGUGAGUAGUAGUAGCAAAAAGAGUAGUAGUAGUCCAUUAGGUAAUAGUGAUAGUGAUAGUCCUAGCGGUAGUAGUAGUAUUAGUGGCCAAUCAAUGAACAACGUUCCUGCUGCCAACGAGAGAGGCGAGUCACAGAGCAGCGCAGUCACAAAUAGCCAUAGUCACCACAGCAAGGGUGGCCAGCGGGGCGCGGAUGCGUCCAAUAGCUUGAGUAGUAGUAUUAGCAAUAGUUCGUCAGCGAUUAAUGGCGGCCAUAGUAGCGGUAAUAGUAGUCAGAGUGGUCAGGGCCGUCAGCACAACAAUGGUGGUGGCAGCGGCGGCGGCGGUGGCGGUGCCAAGAAAAAGAAGAAGCGGCGAAAAUGCCGGCCGCACGAGAACGAGGAGGAGCAUAAUUGCCAGAGGAACCCGUUAGCGCUGCGCAAGCGCGGCAAUAAUCUCAACAAUAAGAAGUGUCGAGAGCAGUUAACGCUUCAGCAACAGCAACGCAGGCUGCUAAAAGCGAAGGGUGAAGAAGUGCCCGAUAUGCCGCUGCCUGCGCCAUGCAAGAAGAAGAAAAAUGGCGGCGGCGGUGGCGCAAAGAAGAAUCGCAAUAACCAAGCCCAAAAUGGCAACAAUCGCAACAGCGUGAGCGGCGACGCAGCCAAUGCGAACAAUCGACGCGGCAAGAAGCUGAAUGCGAAUGGAGGCCGACAAGCGGGUGGUGCAGGCGCUGGCAAUCGCAAUGGUGGCGCGAAUCGUAAGCGCGCGCGAAAUGGCGGCGGUGGCGCGCAAUCGCAGAAGAAGCUGAAAAAGGGGCCGAUGUCGAAAGCGACUAACGGCGGCGCGACCAGCACAACGCAAGCGACCAGCAGCAGCACAAUCACCACAGCGGCGACCACAAUAACUACGCGCGAUAGCACCACAGUGGCGGCAGCGCUGGCGAUGCCGUCCACUACCACAGAGAUGAGCAGCAGCGAGCUGGAUGACAGCUUAGAUCCGCGCGCAGAGGCAACGAGUGUGCGCGGUGAACGCGAGCGCGAGCAACGCAAUGUGCGCUACAGCAAUUCGAUGGAAGACGAUGGCGCGCAAGCGAGUGCGGUGGGCGCAGCUGAUGUUGCCGGCUCGCCGGAAGACUCCACUGAGGCGGAUGUCAGCGAAGAGGAGGAGCAUGAGGGCACCGUGUCAGAUGAAGCCGAUGAUGCGGAUCUCAAUGCUGACGGUGACGAAUUGUAUGACGAAAGUGAGGAGAGUGUGGCGGCAGUGCCGCCAGCUUCAUCAGCAGCAGCAGCGAGGGCGGCAGCGGCAGCGGCUGCGAGAGCAAGAGCGACGAGUGGUAACAAAGCGGCGUUGGCGCGCGCGCAGCUACUCGGAGAUGCAGAUGAUUUUCUCUACUACGACCAAUUCGAUUUGUGAGUUACAAAAUUUAUCUUAUCUGCUUAAUUAAUUUAUGUAUGCUAAUCAACACUACCACAAAUCCCACAAAGACCCACCCAUACACACAACCACACACCCGACCAACACCUAAACAUCCCAAGUCGCCUACACACACACAAACACACCAAAUCAUCGCCUUAUCCAUCCAUGGCUUCCCAUUUGCUCUUGAGAAUUUUUUCCAUACAAAUUUUUAUGUUUAACCAUUUCUUUUUAUA